AUGUCAAAUAAGCAGACUCAAGCUCGUCAUACUUUCAAAUUCCUUCUUGUUGGAAAUGGAAGUGUUGGCAAGACAUCUAUUGUUAGAAGAUUAUGCCGUGGUGACUUUAUUACAAACCCGGAAACAACAAUCGGUGUUGAAUUCAUGACAAAGAUGAUUGAUAUCGAUGGAAAUCAAAUCAAACUCCAAAUAUGGGAUACUGCAGGCCAAGAAAAGUAUAGAUCUGUCGGAAAAGCGUAUUAUCGAAAUGCGAUUGGCGUGUUAUUAGUAUUUUCUCUUACUGAUCAUGUAUCAUUUGAAAAACUUGAUGAAUGGAUAACAGAUGUUAGCCAGUAUUGCCAUCCAAAAGCAAACAUGAUUCUCGUUGGAAACAAAUCUGAUCUUUCUGAUAGUAGAAAAGUCACUUUGGACGAAAUCAAAAAGUUCACAGAAGGACAUAAUCUCCAAUACAUUGAAUCUUCCGCGAAAACCGGUAGUAAUAUCAAUGAAUGUUUUUAUCAAGUGGCCAAAUCUAUAUAUGAUGGUGUUGUUACAGGUGAUAUAGUUUUAUCUACAUCCCAUGUUAUUGGCGAUGCUGAUGGCCAACAACAACCAGAGCCAAAGAAAGAAAAAUGUAGUUGUUAA